CUCAGCCUUCCAAGUGCUGAAGUGCUGAAGUGCUAGGAGUGCAGACAUGUGGCACCACGCCCAGCUGAAACUUCCUGACCAGAGACUGGGACCCAGAAGCACUCUGUGCCAGAGAGACUCCUGAGCUACAACAGACAGCAAGCUCUCUGAAGUCACCUUGUGUUGGGUUAUGCUGUGGUGAUCAGCAGUGCCAGACUCUGUGGCUUUCGGGGCCAGAAGUUACCCCACGUGUCAUGUUCUGUGUCACCUUGGGUGGCUGUGGCAGCGCAGCUCUCCUUGUGUCUGUCCUGGAACCCAGUGGGAAGCAGAGGGAAGAGGAGACCUGGCAGAUCCAGUCUCUCUGUGGAAGUUCUAAACAUCGUUUUUGGUGGAAAUACUUUUUACACAAUGAAGUCAACAAUUUAACAAGUGUUUCUGUGGUUGUGAGUCAUCCGCAUGGUUCACAAAGCCUGAGACCUGAGGAGUACAGGGACCUGUGUGAUGACAAUAUGACGAAUAGCAAAGGGAGGUCCACUCCUAGCAAAGCAAGCGGUGGUCCAAGUCGUGGGGGAGGUUUUGUAGAUUGGACUUUGCGUUUAAACACAGUUCAGUCUGAUAAGUUUUUAAACUUACUGUUGAGGAUGGUUCCAGUGAUUUACCAGAAAAACCAGGAAGACAGGCACAAAAAAGCAAAUGGCAUUUGGCAAGAUGGGUUAUCGAGUCCAACACAGACUUUCAGUAACAGAUCGGAGCAACACCUGGAGUAUCACAGUUUCUCUGAGCCCACUUUCCAUGGCAAUAGUGGGCACAUGCCCUUGAGCUGCAGCCCCAAGUAUGAUGACUAUGCCAACUACAAUUACUGUGAUGCCAGGGAGACCUCAGAAACCACUGCUAUGCUGCAAGAUGAAGAUCUGUCUAGUGAGGCCAAUGAAGAUGUUAUUGUGGAAAUGAACCCCAAAUUACCAAAGGAGUCCAGUGGCAUCAUGGCACUGCAGAUACUCGUGCCGUUUCUGCUAGCUGGUUUUGGAACGGUUUCGGCUGGCAUGGUUUUGGAUAUCGUACAGCACUGGGAAGUGUUCAAAAAUGUAACAGAAGUUUUCAUCUUAGUUCCUGCACUUCUUGGCCUCAAAGGCAACUUGGAAAUGACGUUGGCAUCCAGGUUAUCCACUGCGGUAAAUAUUGGGAAGAUGGACUCACCCAUUGAAAAAUGGAACCUCAUAAUUGGCAACUUGGCUUUAAAGCAGGUUCAGGCUACGGUAGUUGGUUUUCUAGCAGCUGUGGCAGCAAUUAUAUUGGGCUGGAUUCCAGAAGGAAAAUAUUACCUUGAUCAUUCCAUACUUCUGUGCUCCAGCAGCGUGGCGACUGCCUUCAUUGCGUCUCUUCUGCAGGGAAUAAUAAUGGUUGGCGUUAUUGUUGGUUCAAAGAAGACUGGCAUAAAUCCUGAUAAUGUUGCCACGCCUAUUGCUGCCAGCUUUGGUGACCUUAUAACUCUAGCCAUAUUGGCCUGGAUAAGUCAGGGUUUGUACUCCUGUCUAGAGACCUAUUACUACAUUUCUCCAUUAGUUGGAGUCUUUUUCUUGGCUCUGACUCCUAUUUGGAUUAUAAUAGCAGCCAAACAUCCAGCUACAAGGACAGUUCUGCACUCAGGCUGGGAGCCCGUCAUAACAGCUAUGAUCAUAAGCAGCAUUGGGGGCCUUAUUCUGGACACAACUGUAUCUGACCCAAACUUGGUUGGGAUUGUUGUUUACACACCGGUUAUUAAUGGCAUCGGUGGUAACUUGGUGGCCAUUCAGGCGAGCAGGAUUUCUACCUACCUCCAUCUCCACAGCACCCCAGGAGAGCUGCCCGAGGAGCCCAAGGGUUGUUACCACCCACUUAGGACUUUCUUUGGUCCAGGAGUAAAUAAUAAGUCUGCCCAAGUUCUGCUGCUUUUAGUGAUUCCUGGACAUUUGAUUUUCCUUUACACCAUUCACCUGAUGAAAAGUGGCCACACUUCUCUAACUGUGAUCUUUGUCGUCGUGUACUUAUUUGCUGCUGUGCUACAGGUGUUCACCUUGCUGUGGAUCGCAGACUGGAUGGUCCACCACUUCUGGAGGAAAGGAAAGGACCCGGACAGCUUCUCUAUCCCCUACCUGACGGCCCUGGGGGACCUGCUGGGCACGGCUUUGUUAGCCUUGAGCUUCCAUUUCCUGUGGCUCAUUGGAGAUCGAGAUGGAGACGUGGGAGACUAAGAAACCCCCUGCAGGCAGCUCUGCGCUUCCGAGGAGGAGAGCACAAGACAGCCGCUCUGGCUCUUUUUCAUUACUCUACAAAGUCAGAAGUCAUUGGCUGACUUCUGCAGGGUGAUCUUGCGGGGGCCCUGACUCCAUUAAAUGGCCUUAACAUUUUUUAAGGAAUUUGUGCUGAAACCAGAAUGAACAAUAUUUGUGCUGCUUUUUAUAGAAUAAAUAAUUUGACAUAGACAUAGCUACAAACUCAAGUAGGAAAGAAUAUAGGAUGUUUACAAUGAAUAAUUUUGAAACCACAGACAUGGUAGAAAUGGACUUCAUUAUUAUUUAAGUUAUAAUGCAAAGUUAGAGGAAAUGGAGCUCGAGGUUAGCCUUUUGUGUCUUACAGGUAUAUUGAACUGCAGGCAUACUAGCAAAUGAAAGGCACCCAGCCAGGCUUUUCAGUUUUACUUAUGCCCACCUCGAUGCUGGCUGAGGAUAAAUUUACCAAUCACUCAAAUAUGUUCUACUGACCAUACAAUGAGCUCAUUCUCACUUGCAUGUAAAAGUACCCUGUACCAAUGCUAAUUUAAUUUCAACUCUUCCAGUUCUCACCAGGCUACCUGUAAACAGAGCCAUCUUGAGAGACCUGGAAACCAGUGGGCCAUUUCUGAUCUUUGAUUUUUUAGAAAAAAUGUUGCUUUUUUCAAAACACUUCAGAGUCAAAAACAGAAGAUAGAUAGCCCAAGUGUCAUUUGUGGAGACAAGAUGGUAUGAGAAACUGUGUAUGUGCGUGUAUUCACGCACGUAUGCACACAUGGGAGAGAGACUGUGAGAGGAGCUUUCUGUGAAGAACUGGAUCUUGGAUUGCUGAUGGUAAAGAUCAGUAAUCUUGGAAUAAAAGCAGUGUAGAGUUAUUCUUAAGCACAUUUUAUUAAUAUACUUUGGUCAUUUGGUCCCAAAAUUUUGUUACUGACCAGAAUUUGGUAUUUGUUACCUACUAUAAUUAGUAGUUCUUAUUUUACAAAAAGCUGUACCAUGUAAUAUAAUCCAGGCACCAGACUUAGAAUGAGCAAGUGGUUCCUCGGCUUUCAUAGAGGAGCUCAUCAUGUGCCCUUGAAGAGAGAAGUCGGCGGGUCACCUCAGCGAGGGCUCACAUCUGCCCAUGUCGCCUUCAUCACAGGCUGGUGAGGCCGUAGGACCUUGCUGCACACACUGCUGUCUCAGGGGUGUGUGUUUUAAACACCUUGAGCAACAUCCCCGCUGUUCAGUAGGUAAGCCUUUUCAUAUCACGUAUCCUUCAGUUUUUAAAACACAGUGCAGGGCUGAGGAUUUAGCUCAGUGGUCCCACUGCCUGCCUCACAAGCACAAGGUUCCGAGUUCAAUCCCUGGUACCAAAUAAAUAAAUAAAACACAGUGCAAUCUCCCAAGACCAUUAGAUAUUUAAUAAUUUAAACUGAUAAGGAAAUAAAAAUGCACAUCACCUUUGAUUAUUGUGGUUUAAGUUGCCAGUUAGUAUUAGUUGGAUGUUUAUAAAUAUAUUGGGGAAUUACCCUUAUUAAGCUUUUUAAAAUAAGGGUCUGUGGUUUAGAGUUAUAUAUUUUUGCUUAUUUUUAAACUUUAAUUAUUGCAUUCUUCUGCCUUAUAGUGAAACUUUUAAGGCAGAGACUGAACUAAUUAUGGAAUUUCUCCUUUGGAGAGUUACAGUGUCAUGUAGUGAACAUUUUUGUAAAAGAAAAAAUGAUUACAUUUAAGUUGAGAAAUAUUUAGCUGCAGAGAUUUAUUUUUUAAAAACUCCAUGAAUAAUGUCUUUGGUUUUAUUGUAAAGCACUUGUAAAUUCCUUGCUUACAUUUGGGCUCUGUGUUCAUCGCCAUUUUCAUUUCUCAGUGAUUUCUGUUGACUAGGCCACAGUUUGGAAGCGCUUACCAGCCCCUGCAGUGCCGUGUGUUCUGUGUUGUGAAGCUUGCUAGAUGCAUUGCAGAGUUUAUGUUCAUAGCCACAUCUCGGGCGUGGGCCACAUAACUGUUCCUGUCCAUUCUGCAGCAGAGGAAAUGGAAACAGAGAGGUUGUGCAUUCGGGUUGUGCAGCUACACAGUGACCCACCUGUGAACUCCCGAAAGGCCUGGCCUUGGGUCUGUGUGACACAUCCGUGGCCCCACAUGCACAGAGCAGCCAACUGGAGACACAGGGUUUUCCUAUCUGGAAUAUUACCACAUCUUCCCAAUGUGUGUUAGAGGCUCCCUCAAGUUCAACUUGAUGGUGAGUCCAGCCAACUCUUAAGUUACUCAUGUUCCUAAGAUCGAGGGAAACAUAAGCAAAAUAAUGAAAAUAUUUUAUUAAAUACUUCAUUUUAUUUUCUAAAAUAUUUUUCACUUUUAUAACAAAAAAGUUGGAAUAAAGAGCGAUGCCUUAUUUCUGAGAACUUCUAUUUGCCACCAUUCUUCCCAGAUCUUGCCCUUUGCCAUAGGUGAUGAGAACCGGGAUGAAUGAAUUUUAUCUCCUUUCUCAUUCACAACUCAGCCUUGGUUACAGUAACAAAUGUCUAAAAGGCAUGAAGUAGGGAAAAAAAGAAUGAAAAAAAUCAGUCACUAAUUAGCUAAAUUAAUUAUAAAGGGAUAUAGAUUCCUUUAAAAAUUAUUACUGGUAUCUUGAAAGCCUUCAUGUAAGUUCCUAAACAAUAAGAUGAUUUCCUUCAUUUGCCCAUAAAAAUAAUUUAUUGUCAGUCUUAUAAUAAUGCAAAUUAACAGUAUUUAUUUUUAUUCUAUAUAAAAACUCGUGCUUUCCAAAAUUCUUUCUUUUACUAAUUUAUCUCCUUAUUUACAUAUAAGCUCUUUUUAAGUCAUAUUUUUAAUUUUUGCCCAUCAAAUAUUUUUUUCAAAAAUAAAGCUACUUGGAACCUGAUAAAAUAGAAAUUUAAGGUAAAGAAUCUUCUGGUGGACAUCACAGAGUUGCACCUGGGGCCAUCGGUGGGCAGCCAGGUCUGUGCCCUUCAGGCCCUCAGCACUGGGGCUUCCUCACCUUCGGAUGGAUCUGUGGUUAGGUCUGCCCAUGUAUGAUGGGCUCCUGUCACCUGUGAAUUGUUGUAAAUGCAAAUAAAAUUUAAGAAAUAUCAA